AUGCUCAAGAUCUGGUCUAUGAAACAACAGCAGCAGCAAGCUGAAAAUGCUGAAGGAGCUGCAGGCAAGAAGAAGAAGAAGGUUACGGCCGCUCAGCUUCGCGUUCAGCGAGACCUCCAAGAACUCACCCUCGGAAACACAAUGAAAAUGGCCUUCCCGGACAAAGACGACAUCCUAAACUUCACGCUCACCAUUGAGCCCGACGAGGGCAUGUACAAGGGCGGCUCGUUCGUCUUCACCUUCGCUGUCAACCAGAACUUCCCACACGACCCGCCGAAAGUGAAGUGCACGCAGAAGAUCUACCACCCGAAUAUCGAUCUUGAGGGGAACGUUUGCCUGAAUAUUUUGCGUGAGGACUGGAAGCCGGUGCUGAAUUUGAAUGCGGUUAUUGUGGGGAUGCAGUUCCUCUUCCUAGAACCCAACGCCUCCGACCCGCUAAAUAAAGAAGCCGCCGAAGACCUCCGGCAGAAUCGCGAUAUGUUCAAGCGCAAUAUCCGUGCGUCUAUGGGCGGAGGAACUGUUCGUGGAGUCCAGUUCGAUAAAGUCCUUCGAUAA